UAACCCUCUUUCUGUUCUGGGAGGACACUUACUGAGAACUUGGCACUGGGAGACUACUCCCCUGCUUGAGAGAGAGGUUCUAUAAAAAAUAAACUCUCACCUCCUAAAGUUCACACUGCAGCUGAAGAGACACCUUGUUGGCCAGAGUUUUGACGUUAAGAAGAUGGCGAGUGCAGAUGAAUUUGCGGCCAUGUUCUAUGGAGAGCCGGGGGUCCUGGGCCUCCUGGCCAAUGGAAUCAGUGCUUUCCUCGUUCUUCUGCAGAACUUCAACGGAGCACAGACUGGUGUACCAUCCCAGGGAGUGGAGCACAUUCUGGCUGGUGUUCAACUGAUUCUGAUUGGGGGGGUAACUCAGCUGUUGGCUGGGCUCCUAUCCUUCCGGAAGUAUGAUCACUUAAGUGGGACAUCCUUCAUCGCAUUUGCUGCUCUCUGGGGCAGUUAUGGGUCUACCCGUAUAGUCCUGGGUGCCUUUCCACCCUCUAUUAACAGCACCAACACCACUGACCAGCUAUAUCCAGCCAACAGCACUUUUCGAAAUACAGAAUUGGCUACUCCACCAAUCGGUCAGUCUGCUAUAGCAGGGCUAAUCGCUUACAUUUCCAUCUCAUUUAUCCUGUCCUUCUGCUCUGCCACUGUAAACUACAUCAUGCCUUUUGUCUUUGGGGCCAUCACCUUGACGCUGAUCUUUGAGGCAGUGGGGCUUGUCGGGGGGUGGUCUCUAGUGGUCUCCGGGGUCCUGGAGCUGGUGAUCCUCAUGUGUGGGCUUUAUGGAGCGGCAGCCUUGCUCCUGAAAGGUGUCACGCAACGUUACAUCCUCAAGGGCUUUGGGACCCCCCUUUUUGACGUGCUGCUCCUGGGGACGGCCAAUAACAGCAACUCCCAAAAAAUAGGGGAAGAAAAGAAGAAGAACACCCAAUAUGCUGAACCCAUGGCACUGGGCUACCUGUGCGACACAAUCUCUCCUUUCAUCUUUGCCUUCUUCUGCUUUGGCUACCUACCUUCCUUCUUUGUGGGCACUAUUUGGGUCACUAUCAACGCUUUCUCCCAGCUUUUCUCCAGUUACUAUGCCUACCUCCGAAAAGACGUCUACCACACAACCAAGUUUUGUCUGCACAGCACCUACUGGCUGGUGAAAUCAUGGGAGGAGUUUGUGCUGUCAGUUCUCAUCGACAGAGAGGGAGCGGUCAGCGGGCGAGAAAGGAUGGUUGGUGACUGGUUCUUCCUAGCGACCGCCAUUGUUCUCUGCUUGAUGUCACUCAACAUGGAUGUGCUAGAGGUGGCCCAUAACUUGCUAUUCCUCCUGCUCACGGUAUCCACAAUCUCCCAGAUCCCACUGGGGGGCUACUACAUCUUCUUUGGGGUGAUCUGCAGCUUGUUCACAGCCCUGUCUCUCUACGGUACCUUUGCCCGACUCAUCAAUUCCAUAGGGGAGAAGACCUUGAUCCCUGUUGGGGUGCAGCCACUAUCCACAGAGAAGCUCCAGGAUGUCCUGGGACUCAUCAAACGGUGCUGGGUGAAACCCCAAGACCUCCCUCGCAGCACCGUUACACAGCUACCUGAUGCCCUUUUCUACGUGACCAAUGGCAUAGCUGCCCUCUCUGCCAUCCACAGCCAGGACGUGCACCCCACCUUCCUCCAUCUCACCAUGCCCUGGGUACUGAUCCCUGGAGCAAUCAUCCAGGUUUACGUGAGCCGACUGGGCAUCCAGAAGGGAAGGCGCUUUGGGCCCAUUAUCCCAUCCUGCUAUGCUGCCAUCUGGGCUACCUGGACCUGGUAUCGGUUUGCAGGUGUGUUACUUGGCAUUUCUACUGAUUUUGCUGGUGGAUUCACAGCUGGGGCUGUAGCAUUCUUGGUACUUAAUGGCUUCCUAAUGCUUAUAGGUGCCUAUGUAAAUGUUGUGCUGCUGUUGCUGACUCUUGUCAUGGAGGUGAUUGUGGUGUGUUUCCUGCUCUCCACACUGGGCAGACUGCCUUACCAACUGGAAAUUGCGAUGCUGGCCAUCUUCUCUUUGAUCUGUUUGUAUGGUACUCUGGCCUCCCUUGCAAAUUCCAUCUUCACAAAGGAGCUGCUGCCUCUCGGGCCCCCAUUGCUGAAGGCUACACAGGAAAAAGCUGACAAAACUCCCCCUCCUCCUCCUUGUUCCAUCGCCACCUCAAGAAAGACCAGUGGGCUGCUGAGCAUCUCAAAACUCCUGGAUGCUGGUGGGGUCUGUGGUAUUCCCACUGAUACUGUGUACGCAUUGGCAGCAUCCUGCAAACACCCACAGGCUAUAGAGAAGAUCUACAAUAUCAAGGAUCGCCCACAGGAGAAGCCCAUCUGUAUCUGCAUCUCCAACUUGGAGCAGCUGUCAACUGCCAAGCCCCCCUUCAGCCCCCUGCUCUGGGAGUUCAUGAGGAACGUCUACCCAGGAGGCAUCAGCUGCAUUGUCAAGAAGGGCGAGUGGCUCAGUAGGCUAGGUGAGUUCAGACAGGCUCUUCCAUCUAAAGGAAAUGAUCCCUGCCACCGUACAGGCAGUUAG